AUGGUCGAUAAUAAUUAUAGUGUAAGCUUUGAAGAUAAAGUGAUCGUCGGUGGCGAACAAAAUGGCCUUACGAAUGGUUCGAUAUGUGUCAAUACCAAAACACGAAUAAUAUAUUUCAAGCCAGGGCAUACGUACACCGAUAAAAUACAAUUAUUAAACGUGACGGUUUUGCCACAAAUCAUUUGGAUACAACCGCCAGAUAGUAAAAUAUUUAAAUUUCCAAACCUAACCACCGUCUCUAUCCCCCCUGGCGAAUCGUGGGAUUUGCACUACACUUUUAUGUCGAACUUAAACCAGAAAUUCAAAAGUUAUUUGCACUUGAAAAAUCCAACUGGUCAAGGAAACUUGGCUAUAGAAUUAAAGGCUGUGCCGAGAAUAUCUUCCAGUUUGCCUCGAACCAUUAAUUUUGGACAUGUAAACAUUGGAAUGAGCGUUACAAAGAAGUUGAGUCUGACUCCCGAAUCAAAACCGUAUCAAUUCCGCAUAUUUAUUCCAAACGAGUCGCAGGAAUUGAACGUAAAUCCAACCUUUGGUAAAGUGUCUUGUGAUUCUUCGACAUACGUCACUAUUCGUUAUACGCCUCGGUCGUAUAUAACACUGUGUUCAGAUUUAAUAUUUUACCAUUCGGAAGCUAAUCAAGAACCACAAGUUAUAACAAUUACGGCAGUCACAAAACCUAGAGACACGAAUGAACAAAAUGUAAAAAUGGAGAAACGUGAGCCAACGAAAAUCGAUUUGUCUCCUCGGAAUAUUACACAUCGACGUAAUAUUCAAACACAAAAGGAUAACAAUACGGUUUUUAGCAGACUUAAACCUAAUAAAAUAUUUGUGGAUAAGACAUGCACAAUUCCCGUAGACUCGUAUUCGUGGAACAAUGCUCUAGGUGAACCGGACGAGGUGUACCGAGAAGCUUAUGCGCAACACACUAAGACGUUUUUGUUGAAUGCAAAACUUUUUGGCAACACAAAUAAGAACGAAAAACUCUACUCGUAUAGAAACGUAUCAUACGAUGACAAUUUGCGGAAAUCGACGGGACUUCGAGAGAGAAGCAUUCGAAUGAAUCAUAUCGACACGAGUGUACACGACUUUGAUCCGAAUCUCGAUGAUAACUGGUGGGUAAGAUUCCAAACUUACAACAGAUUCGUAAGCGCUGUCAGGAAAAUUAUUAUCAAAAAUCGUUUAAAAAAG